CUCCCGCACCUCCCCCCACCUUACGAUACCCAACGACCACUCGCCACCCACUCCUCGCCCAUCAUGUCCCUCGACGGCCAAAGCAUCCUCGACGAAUACAAAUCCUUAGUGCGCAAGCGUGCGGUAGCGUGGGAUGCAUACAUCCGGUACAAUGUAGUAACAGACGCGGAUGUGAAAGCGAUCAAGGCGGCCGACAAGGUCUCGGCAGCUCGCAGGACACAGAUCCUCCAGGAGGAGCCCGAGACGUAUGCGCAGCUCAUACUGGGCGACACCGGAGUCGUGCGCAAAAGCGCCAAUGUCGACAGGAUUGAUCUCGUCCAGUGGAUGCUCAUGUGGACAGGCGAUCUGUUGGAGGAUGUUCCCAGCUUUGCGCAGUCGCUACUGGCCCUAAAGAACCCCUUCGAGCUCCUCCUCUCCCUCCUCGAAGGCUCGACCGACCCCGUAAUCCCCGUGCUCAGCGCCGCUAUCCUCACCCCGUUGCUAUCACUCUCCCUCGCCAGCAACAAGAAGCUCUCCCCCGCCGUCCUCGAUGCGGUCCCAAAAUUCUACCGCUACCUCAGCACCGUCUCAAAGGCACAGGAACGCGACCAACAAGACCUCGCCAUACAAGCGUACGUAGUGCUCCUGCGCACGCCAUACGCUAGAGAGGCGUUUUGGGACAUGAAGGAGGAGAUCAUGCCGCCGCUCGUGGGGCUGCUGCAGGAAACGGCGGGUGGGACAGCGAGUGAUCGGAGUGAUGCGAGUUCUACGGGUGCGUCGGUGGGUAUUGUCCAAGGCGGCGUGCCGCUACAGCUUGUGUAUCAUGUCCUGCUGGUGGUUUGGCAGUUGACAUUCGACGAGACCGUUGCGGAGGAGAUAAACGACAAAUACGACAUCAUCCCCCCGAUAACAACGAUCCUCCGCUCGCCGAUCAAGGAAAAAAUAACCCGCGUCACCCUCGCAAUCCUCACCAACCUCGUCCUCAAAUCCAGCAGUACCAACCUCCCCACGCUGCUCGUAACCAACAUCCUGCCGUACCUGCAAACGCUCUCUACGCGCUUCAACUCCGAUUCGGACCCAGACCUGACCUCAGACCUUAACACGGUGACCUCCUCCCUCGAAAACUUCCAAAACUCACAAACCACACUCUCCUCGUACCGAAUCGAGGUGAUGUCCACACACCUUCGCUGGUCACCCCCGCACCGGAACGAAGGCUUCUGGAAGCGGCACGCGCGCGAGAUCGUCGAGGACUCUGAGCUGGUAAAGCAGCUGGCCAAGGUCCUCGCGCAGAGCACGGACAAGACGGUGCUCGCAGUCGCGUGCAACGACGUCGGCGUCCUCGUCAGAGAGGUCCCAAUGGUCAGGAAGAAGUGGGUCGAGCUCGGCGUUAAGGCUAGGGUUAUGACGCUUAUGGGCGAUGGCGAUGCGGAGGUGCGCUACGAGGCGCUUAAGGCGGUUCAGGGAUUCUUGCAGACGGCUUUCAGUGGAUAGAUCGUCAAACGAGCAGGAAGUGGGGUUUGUUUUGUUUUGUGCUUAUUGUGCGGUAUGGUUUUGAUGGUAUAUAUUUUACGAUUCGAGCGAUCUCUUUGUGUUGUGUUGUGCUGGAACUGCUAGUUGGUGGAAAUAGAUGUGGUGUUGAUAUCCUUUGCACGCUGGAUCACUCGUGUUUACUCUACGUUUUGGUGUGUGUUACACCCGCCAACUUCCGGACGACCCACCAAGCAAAAAAAAUAAAAAUAAAACAU